CAUCGUCAUUCACGCGCGCAAACGACGACCAUCACCACGACCACGACACUGACAACGACUGGCGCUCCGGCGCCUUGACCGACGACGCACAAGAUACGGUAACUGGACUUCGAUUCCACACCCUGCUGACGACGCCAACCCCCAGCGCAAGGGGACCGCUCGCCCGCCAUGCUGCUCUUCUGCCCGCACUGCGCCAACAUCCUGACCGUGUCGCUCACCAACAUGCGCACCAACCGGCUCGAGUGCCGGACGUGCCCGUUUGAGCACAGCAUCACGGAGCCCGUCUUCUCGCGGCGCGUCUACGAGCGCAAGGAGAAGGAGGACGUCUUCGGCGGGCCAGGCGCCUGGGACAACGCGCAAAAGGGUCGCGUCCAGUGCCCCAACGACGGCUGCGACGGCGACGAGGCUGCCUUCUUCCAGGUCCAGAUCCGCAGCGCCGACGAGCCCAUGACGAGCUUUUUCAAGUGCAUGACGUGCGGCCACCGCUGGCGCGAGAACUGAGCUAGUUCCGUCUCGCUGUCGGCUGUUAUUAUCGGUCUUUGGGCGGAAGAGACGUUUGGCGUUUAUCUUGGGUGGUUUUCUUUUGGUAUGGGUUUCGGGCGUUGUUGGAGGCUUGGAGCAUAUCGUGUGUUGAGCGAUGACAUACGAUGGUAGACAUUGAUGGGUAGACCAGAAUCCAUAGACUGGCAGCUUCGGCCCUGUUGCAGCCUG